AUGGGGAACUCUGAUGGAAGGAAAUUUAAUCAUUGUACAAAAUCUGAAAAAAUUAAGAUCUGGAGGGAAAAAGUCUUGAGACAGCCAGAAUUCAGCAAAUCAUGGAUUAUUUUUGUGGGAGAAAACUGCAAAUUAAAGCAGCUGGUGUACCCAGGAGUGGGGGUUUCUGUGUCCAGGGUCACCUUUCCCUCCUAGCUGGGGUUUGGGAGGCUGGGAGGAGGCAGGUGAGGCAGGUGAGGCAGGUGCCACAGGCAGGGGAGGAGCAGAGAUCACCUGGGAGUAGGUGCAGCACCAGGAUCACCCGGACAGUCAGAGGAGGUUGACGGGAUGGCGAAUUUUAAGGGUCAUGCACUUCCAGGCAGCUUCUUCCUGCUCUUUGGGCUCUGGUGGUCUGUGAAAUACCCACUGCAGUACCUCAGCCAGAAACUAAAUAAGAAAUCCCACAGGACUUAUUAUUUCCAGCGUGUGGAUGCCGUUGAGGGGGGAAUCAAAAUCCUCUUUUCUCUAAUAGGGAUACUGGCGGAGCAGUUCGUCCCCGAUGGUCCCCACCUGUACCUGUACAGCGGGGAGAAGCGUGACUGGGUAAAGCUGAUGAACUGGCAGCACACCACCAUGUACCUCUUCUAUGGCCUGUCUGGGGUGGUGGAUGUCCUCACCUAUAUCUCCCAGGUGGUGCCACAGGGUCUGGAUCGUCUUAUGUUGGCCAUGGCCGUGUUCGUUGAAGGUUGUCUCUUCUAUUACCACGUCCUUCACCGUCCCAUGCUGGAUCAGCACAUCCACUCCCUGCUGCUCAUUGCUAUCUUCGCUGGGACAGGCAGCAUCCUGCUGGAGGUUUUCCUGCGUGACAACAUUGUCCUGGAGAUGUUCCGAGCCAGCAUGACCAUCGUCCAGGGAACGUGGUUCUGGCAGAUCGGUGUUGUGCUGUUCCAGCCAUGGGGAGGUCCAGUGUGGGAUGAGAAUGACCACAGCAAUAUCAUGUUCCUCACAAUGUGCUUCUUCUGGCACUGGGCAGCUGCUGUGGCCAUCCUGGCUGUGAACUACACCCUCGCUUACUGCUGUCUUCAGAGGUUCACGAGAGGCAGUGGAGAGCCCUACAUCAGCCUGGGUGUCCGGCAGCACAAGUGUGACAGCAGCUCCCAAGCUGCCUUCUUGAAUGGCUCUGAUGAAGAGUGA